CCGCUACAAGAAUGGAUGAUGAUGAUUUUGGUGGAUUUGAGGCUGCAGAGAUUUUUGAUGGUGGGAAUGGUGAAACCCAGACUGUAUCUCCUGCCAUUCCUUGGGCUGCCUUCCCUGCAGUCUCGGGUGUCCAUCUCUCUCCAGUUUCUGAGAUUGCCCUGGACCAAGACCACGCCUCGCCUCCAGUCUGCCUCUCUGAAUCCAUCUCAUCACCAGAGAACAUACAUGCAGACAGCAGCAUUGUCAGCCAGCCAGUCCCUGCAGCACAGAUGCAGCAAUCAACACAUACUCAUCUGGAUAUCUCACUUUUUCCAUUGGGUUUAACCGAUGAGAAAAGUAAUGGAACAAUUGCUCUUGUGGAUGAUUCUGAGGCUCCAGGAGCCAAUGUGUCAAACAGACAGCUUCAGCAGAAAAUUUCAGGCCUGGAGAUUAAGCUCAAAGUUUCUGAAGAAGAAAAACAGAGAAUUAAAAAGGAUGUGGAAUCAUUGAUGGAAAAGCAUAGUAUCUUAGAAAAAGACUUCCUUAAAGAAAAAGAGCAAGAGGCCAUUUCUUUUCAAGAUAGAUACAAAGAACUUCAGGAAAAACAUAAACAAGAAUUGGAAGAUAUGAGGAAAGCUGGUCACGAAGCCCUCAGUAUUAUUGUGGAUGAAUAUAAGGCACUACUUCAGUCUUCAGUUAAGCAACAAGUAGAAGCUAUUGAAAAGCAGUACAUUUCUGCAAUUGAGAAACAAGCACACAAAUGUGAGGAGUUGUUGAAUACACAGCAUCAGAGGCUCCUUGAAAUGCUAGAUACAGAGAAAGAACUGUUAAAAGAAAAAAUAAAAGAAGCUUUGAUUCAGCAAUCUCAAGAACAAAAGGAAAUACUGGAAAAAUGUUUGGAGGUAGAAAGACAGAAAAAUAAAGAGGCAUUAGUAUCUGCUGCAGAGCUUGAGAAGGAAACAGUGAAAGAUGCAAUUUUAAAAGCCAUAGAAGAAGAGAGGAAAAAUUUGGAGAAAGCCCAUGCUGAAGAAAGGGAGUUAUGGAAAGCUGAACAUGCAAAAGAUCAAGAAAAAGUAUCUCAGGCAAUCCAGAAAGCUAUACAAGAAGAAAGAGAAAUAAGUCAGGAAACUGUUAAGGCAGCAAUAAUAGAAGAACAGAAGCGAAGUGAAAAGGCUGUGGAAGAGGCAGUGAAAAGAACAAGAGAUGAAUUGAUAGAGUAUGUAAAAGAACAGAAAAGGCUUGAUCAAGUCAUUCGCCAGAGAAGCCUGUCCAGUUUGGAACUGUUCCUCUCCUGUGCUCAGAAACAGUUAAGUGCUUUAAUAGCUACGGAGCCAGUUGACACUGAAUAAAGAGAACAUGACACGCUAACCCAUACUGGCAAUGGAUAAAUCAUUAGACCUAAAAUACAUGCUGUGAACUAUAAAGAUGCUUUUGUUUUCUUUCUAAACCUUGGAGAAUUGAUUUUUACUUCAAGGAUAAACCAAAACAGUACUUAGAUGAACUAUAAAUAAAUAAAUUUAUUUUCUUUUGUUUAUUCCUUUACAUGGACUAUUAUGUUAGUAGUUGGAGUAGUAGUAACAGAAAGUAUCUGUCACUCAAAAGCCACUGAAAAUUGCCACACUGUAAAAGUUAAACAAGCUGUAGAGCCUCUGAUGGCCUGAUACACUGGAUUUGGCAAAAGCAGUGAAUAUCUUUACUCAUUGCUUCACAAAGAUGCUACUGAUGCUAGGAUGUCAUCAUACCUGGAUUUGACUUGAGGGUAGAAAGGGCAUGAGUUUCAACAUCACCCUGUUUAUCUGCCUAACUUGGAUAUAGGACACUGACAUGGCAGAGAAUCAUGUUGACAUUACCAAACCUCUGCUUUUGGAUCCAUUAUUUUAGUAACAGAAAUACUAAAAUUAUGUAAUUUAACCUUGAUCUGAUGUACACUUAAAGGGAAUAUAUGUGACAUAUGCCUGUCUCCUAUUUCUGUGUUCAGAGCCACUACGAAUCAAGUCAUUUUUUUCCCCUUAUGAAUCAUACUGUCAGCUAAAUCUAGAAAUAGAUUGUAACAGUCAUUUAUAGGAAGCAAUUCAGUUUCAAGCAUAGGAAAUAUGAAGUCUUUCUAGCACUUCAGAAUAUAUCUUGUCAUGAGCAGUAUGCACCAAUAAUGCAAAUCAUUUUUAACAUAGAAACUCAAAUGCUGUCAUUAAAAUGUGUACAAACAUGCAAUGUUUUAGUUGGUUUUCUGAAAUGCUUCUUUUAAAUGGACUUUGUACUUGUCUGGGAUUUCUCAUUGUAUUAAAAGAAUUC